ACUGCCCUCUCACGUCACGCCAGCUUUUCCAUCCUCCAGCCGAGCGCGCGCAGGGCGGGGGAGUGCGCCUAUCACCGACUUCGUUUUUCUUAGUGUUGCUGCCGGUAACGGAAAGAAAGAUAGCAACAGCCGUCGCUAUGGCGGAAAACGCCGGCCUCGAGAACCACCGUAUCAAGAGCUUCAAGAACAAGGGGCGAGAUGUGGAGAUGCUGUACCAUUGUUUCUGAGACUUCUCCAUUCCCUGCAUCAAAAUGUUUGUGAACAAGCAGUUUGGGCACUUGGAAAUAUUAUUGGUGAUGGUCCUCAGUGUAGAGAUUAUGUCAUCUCACUUGGAGUUGUUAAACCCCUCCUGUCCUUCAUCAAUCCCUCCAUCCCCUUCACCUUCCUCCGGAACGUCACAUGGGUCAUUGUCAAUCUCUGCAGGAAUAAGGACCCUCCCCCACCGCCCAAUGGAGACAGUCCAGGAGGGGUGAGAGUUAAGAAUAAUGAGCGGUUUGGUCUGAAUAGGAGCCAAAAAGGGAAGCUGUGUCGGCGCCUCUCCCGGCACAAACCUAAGCUUGCAGACCAGGCUGCUGGUUCUCAGAUAUUGCCUGCUCUUUGUGUCCUUAUCUACCAUACAGAUAUUAAUAUUCUGGUUGAUACCGUUUGGGCAUUAUCUUACCUAACUGAUGGAGGCAAUGAACAAAUACAGAUGGUCAUUGAUUCUGGAGUUGUGCCGUUCUUAGUACCUCUUCUGAGUCACCAGGAAGUGAAAGUACAGACAGCAGCACUAAGAGCAGUGGGUAACAUAGUGACUGGCACAGAUGAACAAACUCAAGUGGUCUUAAACUGUGAUGUUCUUGCUCAUUUUCAAAACCUGCUGACACAUCCUAAAGAGAAGAUUAACAAGGAAGCGGUGUGGUUUCUUUCAAAUAUAACAGCAGGGAAUCAGCAACAAGUACAGGCAGUGAUAGAUGCUGGAUUAAUCCCAAUGAUAAUACAUCAGUUGGCCAAGGGGGACUUUGGAACCCAGAAGGAAGCUGCAUGGGCAAUCAGUAAUUUAACCAUAAGCGGGAGGAAAGAUCAGGUUGAAUACCUUGUACAACAGCAUGUGAUCCCACCAUUUUGCAAUUUACUUUCGGUCAAGGACUCACAAGUUGUGCAAGUUGUUUUGGAUGGAUUAAAGAACGUUCUAAUCAUGGCUGGUGAAGAGGCUAGCACAAUUGCUGAAAUUAUAGAGGAAUGUGGAGGAUUGGAGAAAAUAGAAGCACUGCAGCAACAUGAGAAUGAAGAAAUUUACAAGCUAGCCUUUGAAAUAAUUGAUCAGUAUUUCUCUGGUGAUGAUAUUGACGAAGAUCAAAACCUCCUUCCUGAAGCAACCCAGGGUGGUACUUACAAUUUUGAACCAUCAUCCAAUCUUCAAACAAAAGAAUUUAACUUCUAAGAAUGUUGCAGUGCAGCUUUUAUCUAUCCCACAACAUAAAGCACCACCAGAUGUCCACCAGUGGAAGAUACACAAAGGCUUCAAGAUUCACAUGCCUCUUCAUUUUGAUGCUUCUAAAAGCAAACCUUGUAUCUGUCACCUUGCAGUUGCCAAAUGUCACGCUCACAUGGACUGCAUAUGCAUGAUCUCGGUUUACUUUAAAAAUAUAACAAUCCCACUAUUUUUUUUCUUCUAAUUGGCACCAUGUGCUGACUGCCACAACAGUUUCUUUUUUUUUUUUUUUUUUUUUUUUUUUUUUUAAAAAGAUUAUUCCAUAGUGGUGGAGUAUCAGCUUACUGUUGAAAAGUAGCUUCUUUUGAAUCUGGUGCACUGUACAUCAAGACUAGUAUGACGCAUACAUUUUUUGAAAAGACUUUAUAGGAGUGGUCUAUUCUGAGCCUCCAUACUAUUACAUGAACAUUUUCAUAUUUUGUGGAACUAUAAAUUUAAUGGAAAUAACAUGCAAGCCAAAAGAUUUCAUCCAUGAAACUGUAUAAUAAGUUUAACUUGGGUCAUUUAUUGAAACAAAAAUGUUAAGGAGAGAGGAACUAUUGUUUUAACUGGUUUCCUAACCUCAUCACACAUCAGAAUUGGAAAAUGGAACUGAUUAGAAGCAGAAUGUUUUGUAUUUUAUUGAACAUCAAGCCCAAUUUGACCACUUCAGCCUAUGGUUUCCUGCUGUUUAAGUAACCAAAUCUGUGCAUGGGGUUUACCCUGAGCUAUAAGAACUUUUCAUAUAUGAAAUAGAUCUCAAGCUGAAAGCAAGAGUCUAAAUAAUAAUGCUUUUAUUUGUGGAAACAACAAUUCUUAAAAUGCAGGGGGGUUGGAAAUGAGAAACUUGCUCUCAACUUUCUGUGGACAUGGUAUAUCUUGUUUUAAUUAAGUUAAUAUAGGUAGGGUCAAAAUCUGGCGCUUUAAUGUUUACUGUAACUUAGUCUUAAGCAAUAUAUCCUUUGUAACCAGUGCUUUUGAAAAUGAUGGGUGGCAUCAAGCUGGGAAUUGUUUAGAGACAUCAUAAAGGCUAAAUUUAGUGAAUAGAUUAGCUCUAUAAGUCAGUCUCAUAGUGAUAAAAAAAAGUGUUAGGGCUUUUUGUUCACUGAGCGGUCAAGUUAGCCAUUAAUACGUUUCUGGUCUGCAGGCGGUUAAGUUCUGGGUUACAGCUAUACUGUUUUUGCUUUCCAACUGUACAGUGCCCUUUUAAUAACCCUAAUGUGUUGGCAAGCUUAAGAAGCUAGGAUUAUUUAACUUGUUUAAUCAGGUUGAUGUCAGUGGCACAGUUAAGAAUCUGUCAAUAUGAUAAUGGUGUUAAAUUUGAACAGCUUAAUGCUUUCAGGAAUUUCCAAGAUGCUUUUUUUUUUGGUGUGAGUUACAUUUACCUGAGUGAUGAGGAACUUUUUGCUGCUCAGCCACUAAGAUGCAGUUUAACUGUGCGUGAUAUUUCCCAAUGAAGUGAUGUGAAGGGUUAGACAAAUUUAAAACUACUUUUUAGUUUUUACUUGGGUCAUGUUUACUGUGAUGAGAACAGAUGCCAUCCAUGCUUUGUGGAUAAGCUUUCCUUUCCCUUAAUCCUUUCACUUAAUGAGCAACUCACAGCAGAUGUGCAUUCAUUACAAUAUAUAUCUGCCAAGGUGGAGCCACUUUAAAGAUGGGGGGGGGGGGGUUGUCUUGUAUCUAAUGAUACAAGUAUAUGUUUAAACUGCAAGAUUUUUACUUGCUAAAGAAUCUGUUUUAAUAUAGUGGUUUGGCCUCUGAGUAUUUAUAGGUUUUAUAAAUUUUAAAAUCCGUUUCUCUUUAAGGUGGCUCAGAACUUUUUCAACUCUUGUGCACAUAAAAAUUGAGUUGAAAUUCAUUGUGCCUUUUUUUCUUUACCCUUUUCCCGGAGUUUAGAGUUAAAUCUUCAUAUCUUAACUGCAUCCCAUUCACACAAUAGUCCAAUGUGUGGUGCUUCACUUAAAAGAGUUUGUCAACACUUGAUAUGGUCACGUUGUAAAAUGACCUCUGAUCUAUAACUUAUUACAUAAGAUACUCCACCAACCUACUUCCCUCAUCAUAGGCAUUCUCAAUAGAUUGUUUUCUGAUAACUACCUAACCCAGAAAUAACACUGGGACUUGGAAUAAAGCAAGCUGGAUGAAAAAAAUGAAUUCUCAUCCUUUCCAACGAAGGUUCUGGUGAUGGAGCUUAAAUUAAAAAAGCCAUUUUUUUAUUUUUUUGGCCAUUGUUUUAAAAAGCCUUUAAAGUGUGUGUGACUACUUUAAAGUGCUAACCAAAUGGUAUAUUUGGUUAGCUUUUCUCAUUUGUGACCUUACCAAGUUUUGACAAAAUUGCAUUAUUGACCAUUUAAAAGAGAAUAUUGCUGCACUUUUAAGUUUUCAGAACAGUGUUUGAAAAUGCAUUUUUUAUUAACUGUUUAAAUAGACUAAAAUAUUCUUUCAAAAGAGGCAUCAAAAUGUGUUCCUAAUUUUGUAUAUGGGCUUAGGUUUUGUAACCAAUAAAAAGCUGCUAUUGAAGACUA